AUAUAUAAUCGGAGAGAGCGACGGGCGACGAAACCCCUUUCCCGGAAACCACCGAAUCACUCUCUUCUUCGAUUUGUUUAUUUAUUCCGUUUCUUCCGAUCCGAUUGAAAAUGGAGGAUAAGCCAGGGUAUGGAUUCCGUCCGUACGACGAGGAGCUCGUCGGCUACUAUCUCCGUAACAAAAUUCAGGGAAACACUAGGCUCGUUGAAGGAUCCAUUAGCGAGGUCAACAUCUGUAGCUUCGACCCUUGGAUAUUGUGCUUGAAGUCGAAGAUCAAAUCGAGAGAUCCUAUUUGGUAUUUCUUCUCCCGAAGGGAAAACAAGUAUGCGAGUGGGAAUCGACAGAGCCGGACUACGCGUUCUGGGUCCUGGAAGCUUACCGGAGAGUCUGUGGAUGUCAAAGAUCAGUGGGGGAUUUGGUCUGGAAUCAAAGGUAAGAUUAUUGGUCAGAAAAGGUUUUUGGUGUUCCUCAGGGGAAAAACCUCCCAGAAAACCAAAUCCGAUUGGGCUAUGCAAGAGCUUCACUACACACUCUUGCCAGAAGAUCAGCUCGCACAUAUGUUUUUUGCUGAUGAUCCUUAUCUGUAUGUACAGAGAACCUAUGUCAUAUGCAGACUGGAAUAUAAGGGUCACAUCAUGAACAUUCCAUCUGCUAACGCAACAGAUCCCACUCUCCCUUUUGUCCCCAAUAUGACUAAUAGUGCAGGUUCUGUGGUCAACCUAUCACUUCAAGCACAUUCAGGAUCUUUCAACACUUUCUCUGAGUAUGAUUCAGCAAAUCAGGGGCAGCAGUUUAGUGGGAACUUUAACAUGCAGCAAUCAUUUCAAGGAAAUUCAGGAUCUUCAAACCAUUUCUCUGAGUAUGAUUUAGCAAAUCAGGGCCACUGGUUUAGUGGCGAUCUCAACCUACAACAACAAGUUCCUUACUCGGCCCCAUAUGAAGAUGAUAUAUGGAGGCAACUGGUUGAAGAUAAUUGUGACUCUUUGAUUGAUGAAAGGACAUAUACGCAAAAGAAUUGCAGUGAUUACCGGCCAAAAAAUCCUGUGACUGGUGUUUUCGCUGAUGAUAGCAGCAGUGAUAUUGACACUGACUCAACAGUUUGCAGGGACACGUGGAGCUCGACUGACAGUGUAGGUAGUUCAGAUGGACCGUACCUUACUCCUAUAGAUGAUAUUCCAUUAUUGAGUACUAUUGAGCCUUUGCACAAUAAUGAGGCACAAGAGAAACCAAAGCAGCUGACAUUGCAAUCACAGGGCAAAGAAAAGGUGAUAGCUACGCAGAAAAGCGAGUGCGAGUGGAUAGUGGCUAAAGACUCAGUCAAGAAAGUUCCAUCCACCACUGCGGUGAAGCAGAGCUGGAUUGUUUUAGAGGAAGUGAGUCAGAGGAAUUCACAGUGGAGCCAUCUCAAGAACAUGAUCAUUGGCUUCUUAUUGUUCAUCUCCAUCAUUAGUUGGAUCAUCUUGGUUGCAUAAGAGGUCGAAUCCGAUUCUUGCUCACAAAUUUUCUUCCCUUCUUGUUGUUUUUUUUUUUUUUUUUUUUACGUUUUGUUUGUUUGGUUUCUUUGCUGUGUUUUCUCGCUUGGAAAAGUCUGAAGUUGUGCGAUUAAUGUACGUAAAGAAAGAAAGAAAGAAAAAAAUGUAUGGA